ACAUGCCAGACAUAUCGCGUAUUUAGUAGUUCAAUAUAAUGUAGUGUGGACUAUGGAUGUCGCCUAGCAGCUUCUCUUCCACUAGUACAAAAGGAUGGUGUGGCCAACACAAGGUAUAAAAGAAGCAAACAACAAAAGGAAUGACUACUCCCCCUACCGAUGUCAAAUCAGUGAGAUUCAAUGAAGAAAUAGCGGAAACAGAACUGACCGGACGAUGGAGUUUUCUACGAUACCUCCUCACACUUAACGAAGAACUCAACCUACAGAGAGUGGCGGAUACUUUGGAGGACCGAGGAGCGCUGACCCCGUCACAGAAAGACGAGAUCCUACAACUUACGUCUGACCGGGAAAAGACUGAGAAAUGCCUGGAGCUGGUGAUGAAGUCCGGACCUAGGUCAUACAGUCUCUUGUGUGAAGUACUGAAGGACUGUGGCUACAACCAUAUCGUAGAAUCUCUCCAUGCAGAGCACGGAGAGACGGACAGCAAAGAUACUGACGAAUUAUCAGAGCAGAUUUUAUUGAAUAUUAAUGAGUCAGAGAUCUCAAACAUCAAAUUUACACCAAAAAUAGGAACAACACCAUCUGGGGAUCUCUCAGUAGUAGGAAUGAAAAUGUCUUUAACCGAUCUCGCCAACGAUACCAAAGCAUCACAAAAGGACAUCGCAAUAGUGAUGCAGAAACAAUCCGACUUGGAGCAACAUCUUCAGGAGGUGAUGAAGUCAUUGGACAUCGCCACAGAGGCGCUUGCACGUGAACGCGAGGAGAAAUUGCAACUUCAGGAACAGCUGAGUGCCAGAACAGACGAUCUGGAGGAUAUGCAACGCAAAUACCGCGAACUACAGAAGGCAAUGGGGAAACUUAAAGAAACAAACAAUAAGUACCAUGAAAAAGUUACAAAACUUCAAAUUGACAAUGAAGAAUUAAGAAAAAGUACAAAAGACAAGGGAAACUUGCAGGUUGAGCUAGAAUCGAAAAAGGAAGAAAUAACAUCGCUGAAGAGGCAAAUUGAAGAACAAAAACUGCAGAUCACAGAUCAACAGAGUCUGAUAAGCGACCGACUAGGAAUAAUCGACACCUUAGCGAAUGACCACCAAAAAUUAAGUGAUGGACAAACAAAGCUUGAAAGUUUAAUUAACAGGCAAAGCGAGCAAAUCACGACUCUACUGACAGAAAAAGAUGAGUCCCAGGUACACCUGUCCAAUCAGCAGCAACAACUCAACUUCCAGCACAACUCCAUCCUGAUGCUUCAGGACAGCAUAGAAAAGAUGCAACAGCAGAUGGAAAGCCAGGCCGAACAGAACGUCAUAGGAAUCUACCCCUCGGAGCAGCACCAUCGGCCCAGGCGUGGCCCACCCUCCAAACAACCCGUAUACUACAGACCCUUCAACUCCACUGGCAAGCCAGAGAACUCCAAGAACGCAUUCUGGAAACACUCACAGGAUAACAGAGGCAGGCAUAAAUGAUACUUUCAAUUAAGAAGUGAAAUACAUUAUCAUAUAAACAGUCCAUCAUCGUUAAUCCAGCCACCACUUAUCUGGCCAUUAAGUGUUCCAGUUGUCCAGCUGUGUGAUAAUUGACUGGAUUAACGACGUGUUACUUUAUUGUUUUGUAGCAAGCAUAAGUAUUGAAACGUUCGUUACGACUAAGCAACCUGUUUUGUGUAUAGCAUCGACAUAUAUCAUCAAAAGAAUGAGUCAACUAAAUUAUCAAUAGUGUGUGUGUGUGUGAUAUGUUCGCAGAACAGAAGAAAUACAUGUACAUUAGAAUAUUGUUCAUUCAAUUGGUAAUUCAACAUAUUUGAAAGGAGUUAGGUUAACUCAUUCACCCCUAAAAUUCUUAUUGAACUAUUCCAACAUUUGAAUUGGAAGGGUUCAAAUGUGUCUUCAGGGGUGAAUGGGUUAGGAAGACAACUAAGAGUACUUCUUAUAAUUUAGGCAAAUAUCAUAAAGUUUAUCUGAUGAUCUUCGACCAAUCCUUUCCUUUCAAUAUUUGACUAAGUCACAUUCAAAGAAGCAAAGAAUGAUGCACCGAUAAUAUUGAAAAUAAAACCACAUAACCUUUUGAUCGAUUUACAUGUUUAAUUUAUUGACAUAUCUACGCUAGAUUAGAUUUGCAGAUCUAUGAUCGUGAAAAUGAACAAACCUACAUGUGAUGACAAAAGUAGUUAUCAAUAUUGAUAUAUUUUUCACCCUUUUAUCUUACUGGGGUUUCCGUCUAUAUUUUUCUUACUGGGGUUUCCGUCUAUAUUUAUUUUACUGGGGUUUUCGUCUAUAUUCAAGCCAUUAGUGUGUUGCAAUGUGUUAAUGAUGUAAACUCUCUUUAAAGGCUUUUUGUGGCAAUAUCUUAUUACAUGUACAUACAAAUACAAAUCAUACUUAUAUUCAUCCUACAGAUUGCUUCACCAGAAGAUAUAAACAGUAAGAUUUUCCUCAAUUUCCUUGUUAUUACAUUUUUUUAAUUUGAUGACAAAUCAUUUUUCAUUUUUCUUUUUUCUUUAAGGUUUGGUUUUAUAAAUAGAAGGAACAAAUACACAACAUAACCAUACGUAGAUUAUAUUUGCAUAUCAAGUUUUAACUAUAGCUGGGAUCUUGCGUAACAAUAAAUGGUAUUGGCUAUCUCACAACUAGCAGAUUGUUGAAACAUUAUAAAAUAUCAUGUAUGUCUAGAUGUUUUUAGUUAUAAUCAUGACAAAAUAUUUCAGAACAAACCUUGGUCAACAAUCAACAGCUAAACACAGAGCUACUGAUUAGUAAUUGUUUAUAUGAAAAAUACAUUUUACGGUUCUUUUUUUUUAUACAAGAUAAUAUGUAAAACUCACUGACAUAUUCCAAUCAGCAGUUAGCUUUUACAUGAGGUAAUUUCGUUGUUUUCUAUUCUAAUAUGUGCCUUGUUGUAUGAAGAUAAUGAAACUACAGUUUGUUUUUAAUCAA